AUGUGGAAAGCUAUAGUGGAUGCUUGGAAUGGGACUAGCGAUGAGGAAAGGCAGAGAGACCCGGCGGACGUAUAUGACUUUGACCGGAUGAAGGAAUUGGUCAAGCAGAGGGAUCCUGCUGUGACCCUGGUGGAUGUCCGAGAGCCUAAGGAGUUUGAGGAGUACAGGAUUCCUGGCUCCGUCAACAUGCCAUUUAGGUCGCACCCUGAAGGCUUGGGUCUCGAGGGCACGAAGUUCCAGGAGACUUUUGGGUUCCCAAAACCAGGAAAGCAAGACAGACUGGUGUUCUUUUGCGCCUCCGGCAGAAGGGCUGCCGGUGCUGAGGGCGUUGCUCUGAAGAAUGGCUACAACAACGUCGCCUUGUAUCCCGGUUCUGUGAACGAUUGGCUUGCAAAAGGUGGUGACAAGCUGCAGUUAUAA